AUGUCUAUUCGCUAUAAGAUGACUAUCGAGAUAUCUGGAUUCCCGGCUGGAGUUGUUAAUGCAGUAACGCCACCUCACCAGGAUCUCAUAUCCGGCGACGCACGUCCAAUUCAAAUUGAUUCCAGGAGGCGAGAAGUGUUGGGUUCAAAUGGAGAAGCACCAAUUUUGAAUGACUGUAUUGUGAUGAACAUGGACUCAUUUGGAAUCCAGAUUAAGAUUCACACACUAGAAGAAGAACUAUGUGCGCCAGCACAGCGUACAAUGGACGAGAUAUGUUUAAAGCUGAGAGAGAUUGACUUGGGCUAUGCUGCUAUUUACACUGUUGAGAAAAGAGUCAGUAAAAUACAAAACAUUAUUGCUAAAGGAGAACAAUCCUUUACUGCCAACGAACAACGCAAACAUCUCUUCAAGAGGAAAGAGAUCCUUGACAAGCAGCGAGAUGAGGGCGAGGCGGAGUUCUCGAGGCUGACAGUAGCAGAUCUUCCUGAGUAUCAGCGGAAGAGAAAUCUUCUCAUGGCAGAGAUUGAUGCCGUCAAGCUAGAGCUUCAGCAACUGGCGUCCUCCAAGUCCAAGAAAGCUUCAAAGGGAACAACUAUUCGGUCAAAGUUUGCCAAGGCUUCUAGACAGGCUAGAAUUACAAAAUCUUCCGGCGGCAACAAGGCAUUUAGCAGGGCUAACACCACAGAAAACGGGUCUGGGGAUGAUGAUGAAUUGUCAUUGUCUGAGGGGCCAUUUGAAGAUGAUGGGGAGGGUGGCAAGUCCUCAAAGCGCAAAUUGAGCACCAAAUUCAAUCCCACUAUUGGCAGAAAGAGGACCAAGGCUCAGCGUCUCAUGCUGGAGGUUGUUUACAGCGAUGAGCUGAAGGAGGAGGAGGAGGCAAAUGCAACGGACCUUCAAGAGUUUAGGGUCGAUGAGUGGGAUUGUGAGGAAGAUAUAAAGGAGGAGGCCAAUUGGGCAGCUAUGACACCAAUUCAGCGGGUUGAAUAUUGUGAUGAUAUUGUGCGCUCUAUUGCCCGCUUUGAGAAGACAGGAAACUUGCAGGAUUUCCAUCCAAAAUAUCGUCAAUCACUUUGUCAUGUCCAAUCUCUACUUCCUGAGAAGUGCUUCAAAUCAAGACGUGUGGCCAUUGCCAUUCACAUGACCUUGCACGGUAAUCUCAUCUGCCGUUUCCAUAAAAGAUGCUUGAUUGACAAUGGGUUAGAGGAACCCAUGAAAGGGGAUGUCUUUGAGCCGCGGCAUCAAUCCUUCCUGAUCAAAGUAUUCAAAGAACAGUCUUUGCUCACAACGGACAACAUCUACAACCCUAACCGACCCAGAAACAUUUGCAAGUUUGAACAAGAGGUGAGAUUGUUGGAUUUGAGUAUCACCAGGCUUGCAAAGAAGUGGGAAGAGAAGACGGGAAUUGAAAUGAGGAUAAUUUUUCCGCAGAGAGAAGCAGAGCUGGAAAGGAUGAGACGGGAGGCAGCUGAGGCAGCAACAAAGCAAGGUCAGGCUGGAGAGUCGAGUGCUAUAUCCCAGUAA